AUGCGAGGCAUUAUAGGGCUAUUGUUUUUUGCAACUUUUGUUGUUACAGGAUCUUUGGCAGCCGUUUUAGGUGUUGAUUACGGCCAACAAAACAUCAAAGCUAUUGUAGUCUCACCACAAGCCCCACUAGAGCUUGUGCUUACUCCAGAAGCAAAACGGAAGGAAGUUUCUGGUCUAUCAAUAAAAAGAUUACCGGGUUAUGGAGAGAAUGAUCCGAAUGGAGUUGAAAGAAUUUAUGGUUCUGCUGUAGGUAGUUUGGCGACAAGAUUCCCUCAAAAUACACUGCUGCAUUUGAAACCAUUACUCGGCAAGUCACUGGAAGAUGAAACCAGUGUGACUUUGUAUUUGAAGGAACAUCCUGGCUUAAAAAUGGCGUCAACUAACAGGUCUACUAUUGCAUUUGUGGUUGAUAAUGUGGAGUACCCAUUGGAAGAGUUGGUUGCAAUGAAUAUCCAGGAGGUUGUCAAUAGAGCUGACUCCCUAUUAAAAGAUAGAGACGCUAGAACAGUUGAUUCUGUAGACAAAAUAAGCCUUACAAUUCCUGACUUUUUCGACCAACAUCAAAGAAACGCCCUUCUUGAUGCCAGUUUGAUGACAACUGAUAUUAAAGACACAUAUCUAGUUAGCGAAGGAAUGUCCGUUGCUGUUAAUUUCUUUUUAAAACAGCGUCAGUUCCCACCGGGUGAAUUGCAACAUUAUAUUGUGUAUGAUAUGGGAAGCGGCUCUACUAAAGCCUCGAUGUUUUCCAUAUUGCAGCCUGAGGAUAUUACUGAGCCAGUUACAAUAGAAUUUGUGGGAUAUGGGUAUAACCCACAUUUGGGAGGUGCGAAAUUUACUAUGGAUAUCGGGAGCUUGAUAGAAAAUAAGUUUUUGGAAACGCAUCCAGCUAUAAGAACCGAUGAGUUGCAUGCAAAUCCUAAGGCAUUAGCCAAAAUUAACCAGGCCGCAGAGAAGGCUAAAUUGAUAUUAAGCGCCAAUUCUGAGGCUGCUAUCAAUAUAGAAUCAUUAUUUAGUGACAUUGACUUUCGAACCUCUAUCACUAGAGAAGAAUUCGAGGAAUUUAUAGCAGACUCGUUAUUGGAGAUCGUCAUGCCCAUAAAUGGCGCUUUGUCAGAACAAUUUGGCGAUUACAAAACCAAUUUAUCCGAUGUGAACGGCGUAAUUUUGGCAGGUGGCUCUACCCGUAUUCCAAUUGUGCAGGAGCAAUUACUCAAACUCGUAUCCGAAGAAAGGAUACUGAGAAAUGUUAAUGCUGACGAAUCGGCUGUAAAUGGUGUUGUCAUGAGAGGUAUCAAAUUAUCUGAUUCAUUCAAGACCAAGCCAUUAAAUGUCAUUGAUCGUUCUGUAAAUACUUAUUCUUUCAGAUCAUCAAAUGAAUCCGAAUUGCAUGAUGUUUUUGUUAGAGGAAGUGUUUAUCCAAACAAAACCUCUAUUCUCUCUACUGAAGCUGAUCCAACUACCAAGAAUUUCACCAUUGAUUUGUUUGAAAAUGGCAAGUUACUUGAAACGGUCACUGUGAAUUCACCUGCAGCAACAAGUUCUUAUUCUUUCAAGAAGUGUCCUUCUGGAGUAGUGUAUAACAUCACUUUUGGCUUGUCUAGUGAUAGGCUAUUUUCUAUUCAAGAGGUCAACUACAUUUGCCAAAAAGAAGAUGAUGAAAAUGAGUCUAAGCAACCCAAAAACAAAUCUAACCGAUUGAACUUUAGCUCUGAGGACGUUGAAAUUAAAAGGCUAUCUUUUUCUGAAAUUUCGUGUUUGCGUGAGCAUAUGCAAUUACUGGACAAACAAGAUAAGGAAAGGUUUCAACUUCAGAAAAAUUUAAACAUUCUUGAAAGUAAUCUGUAUGAUGCUAGAAGCUUGUUAAUGGACGACGAAGUCGUUCAAAAUGGACCAAAAUCUCAAGUGGAAAAGUUAUCGGAAAUGGUCAAAGUAUAUUUGGAUUGGCUAGAGGAUGCAUCAUUCGAUACUAAUCCUGAAGACAUAAUUAAUAGAAUUAGAGAGGUUGGCAUAUUAAAACAGAAGAUAGAGUUGUACCUGGAAUCGUCAAAGGAACCCUUGAACUUACAACAAUUCAAAGGAAUGCUUGAAGAAGGACGUAAACUAUUACAGGCCAUAGAAAACCACAAGAACACCGUUGAAGAAUUUUUGAGUGAGUUUGAAACUGAAUUUGCAGACACAAUAGAUAAUGUCCGAGAAGAAUUCAAAAAUACUAAACAACCAGCAUAUGUUUCCAAGGCGCUAUCUACCUGGGAAGAGACCUUAACCUCUUUUAAAAACUCCAUCAGCGAAAUCGAAAAAGUUGUUGCAAAAAAUUCAUUUGGUGAAGAUCUUCGUGAGCGAUUGUUUGAAAUUAAGUUAGAGUUUGAUAUGUAUCGCACGAAAUUAGAGGAAAAACUGCUUCUUCGCAAAAGCGGCGAUGAAAGUCGCUUAACUGAGAUAAAGAAGCUUCACUUAAGAAAGUUCCGUUUGCAAAGGAGAAAGGAGGAAAAAUUGCAACGAAAACUCGAAAAGGAACAAAGAGGGGGUGAAAAUGAAACAGAAGCGUUAGGAAAUAACUCAACUGAUGAUAAAAGUGCUUUUUUCAGUGAUAAGACAACCGAGUCGAACCCAACCUCUAAGGAAGACAUUUUGCAUGACGAAUUAUAG